AUGGCUCCGCAUUUUCCGCGACGCUGCUCGCAUCCGUCAAGAAGGUCCACUUAUCGCCCGCUCGCAACUCGCUUGCUCCCCCUCUUAGCGCUGCUUUUUGCCGCGCUGAUUCUGCCGCGAAAUGCGCUGGCGGCGCAACCAGCGGGCUCAGGCUGGGGAUGGAAUGUUGCGUCCGCCGUGUCGCAGCUUUUCUCGUCGUUGCGCGCGGGAAUUCAAACCGCGCAGCCUACGACGACGUUUGCUACUAGAAGCGUCAAACCCGCUGCGACUGGCACGUGCGACCCGUCGUCGCUUUCGGGUUACACGUCGUCGAUCGCGCUCGCGAGCGGUCUCCGCCUGCACUGGGCGGUAACCGCCACGUCGACGAUCCAGCUGGCCGUCGAGGCGACGCGAGCGAGCGGCGCGGGGACGGGGUGGUUCGCCGUGGGGUGGACGGCGACGAGCGGCGCGAUGGCGCCGGCAGAUGCGGUGAUGUGCAACAUCGCGACGACGCCGGCGAUUAAAGCGUACAGAAUCACGGGGUACGCGGCGAGCCAAGUCGCGGCGACGAGCGCGUUCACUCCGGGGAGCGUCACCUUAACUGCUGGAACGACGACAACCAUCGCCAACGCUUCUUUCCCCCUUACCCUCCCCUCUUUUCCCUCUCUCCCCUAUUUCCCCUCUCACUCUCCCCUCUUUCCCCUCACACUUUCCCCUCCUUCCCAUCAUUCACAUCGUGCUCCUCUUUUUGAUACUGACUUGUCUCCCCGCCCCCCUCUUCCCCCCACCUCUCCCCCAUCAGGUUCACCCGGUCGACGGGCGACGGCUCAGAGUCGAUGUGGACGUGGCGGGAGUCAACUCUCUCAUCUGGGCCUUCUCUCUCCGACUCUCCCCAACCCUCUUUCCUCCCACAGGUUCACCCGGUCGACAGGCGACGGCUCAGCAGUCGCUGUGGACGUGGCAGGUGUUAAUUCGCUCAUCUGGGCCUUCUCCGCCAGUGGCUCUAAGACAGUCGCCUACCACAACGCCCACUUUCUUCUCCCCCCUUUUUCCCCUUGUCUUCCCUUCCCCCUUUUCCCUUCCCUUCCCCCUUUUCCCCCGAUCCCGCCCUUCCCCCUUCCCCUCCACUCCCCCAAUCGCAGUGGCAGUGCUGACGUGGACUUCUCCUGUGACGCCUCUGCUUCCGCCACCCCUGCGCCGCCCCCUCCCUCCACCACCCCGCCCCCUCCGCCCACCCCCCCGCCCCUCCCCCUCCGCCGUCCUCUUCUGGGGGAGGCUCCAACUGCCCUGCGUCCACCCUCCCCGGCUACACCUACAAGACUCAGCUCAAGGGAAGCACGUGAGUCCUCCCUUCUCCCUCAUUUGCUUGUUAAUAUCCUGCUCCUCCACUGGAAAGCAGGUUCUGCCUCGCAGCUCGAUCUGGCCAUCGAAGCCACAGCCGCCCCAGCCAAGUCCGGCUGGAUUUCCCUCGCAUGGGCCAAGGGCGGCAAGAUGGCUCCUUCUGACGCCGUCUUUGGCAACAUGGCGGGCGGCGGAGUGGCAGCGUAUAAGAUCGGUGGAUACUCCAUGGGGUCGAUUCAACGCACGACUGCCUUCGCCAUUGGGACUGCCAACACCACCACCACUGCUUCUGGUUCUACUGUGAUCAAGUUCUCCCGAACCCAAGGCACAGGUUCGGCAGCAAAGGUGCAAGUGGCAGGGAGCAACAGCCUUCUCUGGGCCUACUCCCCCUCCGGCUCUGAGAGCCUCGGCUUCCACGGCGGUGCAUAUGGUCGCAUUACUGUGGACUUCUCUUGCAAGACUGCAUCGUCUGGAGGGGGGAGCAGUGGCGGGGGGAAGGGUCAUGAUGACGACGACAACGACGACGACGACGAUGAUAACAAGAAGGGUGGUGACCACAUCGCGGCGGAAGCCGCCGCGGCGUCCCAUCAUGAUGGCGAAAUGGUUGGCGAAUCUCGUGGUCGCGGGCGUGUGCUGGUGAAUUCGGUUACACCGCUGGCGACGUGCUCGCCGUCGUCGCUCGCGGGAUUCACGUCGUCAGUCUCACUCGGGUCAAACAUGAAGCUUCACUGGAAAGUCACGACCGGGUCGCUGCUCGAGCUCGCAGUAACGGCCACCGGCGCCGCCGCCACCGGGUUGGUUCAGCGUCGCGUUCUCCAAGAGCGGCGGCAUGGUGACGUCAGAUGCGGUGAUCGCGAAUCAGGGCAGCUCGCCCUUCCCGUUAAUACGUACGCUGUUACGAGCUACUCGACGGUGAAAGCCACGACUGCGUUUGGCGCGGGGAGCCGGUCGUUCACAGGCGGAACAACGGCAACUAUGAA